AUGCUCCUCAACGACCCGGGAAAAGCGUCAGCUCCACGGAGCAUUUACCUCGUAGGCGCGCCAUGCACUGGGAAAACGACCAUUCUCAAUGCCCUCCGCCAACAGUACACCGCCAACCAUACUUCGUGCGACUUUGCACAGCCUGCGUACAUCAUCGAGGUCGCACGGCGGCUGCUGGGAGAUCUUCAAAUUGACCGAGAAGACAUCGGGAACUCGCCUGCCAAAUGCCUGAAACUCCAAGAAGCCAUUCUCCAAGCACAGUACAGAGCGGAACUGGCAUCCCCACAGGACGCGUCGUCGUGGUACAUCUCCGACCGCUCCGGACUGGAUCCGAUUGUCUUCACACAGCUGUAUGUUGGGAGUGCCGCUGCGGACAAGCUACUAGCAUCGCCUACUUGGGAAGCUCUGGAACUGAACAUGAAGCAAGGAUUGGUUUUUCUGUGUGAGUCGGGCUGCAGCUGGCUGACAGAUGAUGGAGUCCGAUUGAUGCCUCGGGAUAUGAACGAGUGGCUACGUUUCGAUCAGACGUUCGAGCAACUCUUGGAGGCCAGGGGAAUCCACUACGUUCGAAUCCCAGCGAUUAUUUCUGAUGUCAAGGAGCGAGUCGGCCUGGUCAUAAGCUCUCAUCGUCGGCGCUGA